AUUUGCACCCUACAGACACAAGAUGGUUAUUUGAGACGCGUCCUUUCCUGCUUCUGCGAGGUUUUUCUUUCUUUUUUUUUUUAGUUCCGGAAGCUGAGUUUUCCGUGUACAUAGAUUUAUUAAUGUAAGCGCAUAUUUAUAGGUAGAAACCAUAUAAAAAACGAGCUCAGUAAUAGCGUCCCGAAAUCUACAGAAAGCCAACCAGGGAAAAAAACGCAUUUAUUUCGAAUAUAUUUAAAGGACACUUGAGUUUUUUUUCCCCCGAUAGCUUUAUUUACACGCCGUGUGUUUAGCGUUUCAACACGAGCCACAUUCCUCAGCUAGCUGGAAAAUAAACAAACGCAAUGCUAACGGCUAAUGGAUUGUAGAUACCGAGCAGCGCGGCGCCUGAGCCUGUCUGAAUUAUGAAGACUGAUUGAGACUGAGAUUGUUAAACUAUGGAGCUGUACUGGUACAUAGUUGUCAUAAUAUUUAUUAUGAUAAAGAUCUUCUUCUACGUCUGCUGGUACCGCUCAAGACAGAGGCAGCUGGCAGCAUAUCUUAGCAACCCACGCAACGCCCAGAUCGUUAUUGUGGGAGGAAGAGCCUACCUGCACCAGAUGUGUGAGAACCAAAAUACAUCAAUCUGGCCUAAUUGGUACGGAGUCCAGGACGACGGCUCCGUAGGCGAACCGUCCGUUUCUCUUCCUCCAUCUUCUUCCCUCACUCAGUUGGACUUGCCCCCUCCGUACGAAGCUGUUUCUGGAGCAGACGAUCUGAAGCCUCCUCCGUACAGCGAGUUUGCUCAGAACGACGACACAGACACAUCUCAGAGCAUCACAAUGCCAGAGGGCAACAAUUCGAGCAUCAGCGAUGACCCGCCUCCAUACACCCCUACUGCCAAUCAGCACACCAGCAUUCAGUGCCAAGCGGAGCCUGAGGGGAGAUCCAGCUAGUCUCUUCCAAUGUUAUUUCUCUAUUUUGUGUUCACAGCAAGGGCUGCAUUUCUCCAUGCAAUUGCUCAGCAUUUAGUUAGGGACUCAUUUUUUGUCAAUUUUAUUCUCAAAGGUGCAUGAAAUGGAUUCUAGAUACCCUAAUAGAUUAGGAGGGAAAAACAAGAAUGGGAAGAAACGAAAGUGGCCUAAUAGUGUACUUUAGAUUGUUGAUAAAAUAAUGAGCUGCUCUGAUGUUAAUAGGUGCUUAAGCUCACUCAUGCCUUAUUUUGUUUUCUUCUUAUAUAACCAGCAUCAUGAUGACAACAUACUUGUGUAUUUUUUUUUUUUAUUUUUUAUUUUUAAACAGUAAGUGACGCGGGGUGAAAGUAUGCUUAGAGUUCAUAUAUAUAUAUGUCUCUGUUUUGUUUAAGUCACUGUAACGUAUCCUUCUUUUUAUUUUAUUUACAGUGUGUUCUGCUCCUAAAACAGCACUUAAGCACGCCCUUGUGGCAUAGACUUGUUUUUGCUACUGAAAAUGUCAUUACACAUUUUCUUUUCGACUGAAACCUCCUUAAUUAUUCUAUAAGGAGAAUUUGUUGGUGUGAACACAGCUGCUCCGAAGCUCAUUUUUCCUGCUCACAGGUCUGUCCAUCACCAGUGGAAGUGCUCAGAUGAUCGUAGUAGUAGUAGUAGUAGUAGUGUGCCCUCCAAUAACCGUCGUGUAACAAAUGAAAUACAACGGCUACCGUAAAAUUCAGCAAUUGCAUCAUAACUGUAGAAACUAUGGUUACCCACACCCAGUGCAUUGUUCACGUCCUUUAUGCAUUUCAGCUCUGACAUUUAUAGACCUGAUGUCUGCUUUAGUGCAGAGGUGGACAAAUGAUAAGUUCAUUAGCUAACUCUCCUGGCAAGUGGAAGCUCCAGUUCCAUAUUGCCAACAUACCUAUUUGGCUAGACCUAAAAUUGUAGAUAAGAUCAUUUGAAAACAUAUAACUGGUUAUUUGAUUCAACUAAACACAGUGAGAGAAACAAAAUUUGUAUAUGACCCAGGGAGUCAUAAAGCAGUAAAAUUAUGAAAUGAGGCGUCUUUAUUUUAUUUUCAGAUAAUUUCCGUAUAUUGUGCUAGCAAUAUUUAUUCUAAUUUAAUUAGUUUUAAUUUAACGCCCGUCAGGUCGCGCUUAGGAGAAACACGCUCUAGUUCCAGAGUCGUAGUGCAUCACUUUUAAACAUGCACGUCAGAUGAAAUUCCCGACGUUCCUUUCUCUGACAACUGAAUAACAAUAGCUUGAACUCCUGAUUUGUCCACCGUGUGUAAUGUAUUCACUUUGAAUUCAGUGUACAUUCGCGUAUAGAUCGACUGGUGCCGAUGUUAGAAGCAGAUCUUUCAGAUGUCGAUGUGUUGAGAAACAUUUUUCCUUGUCUAUAUAAAUGCCCAAAGGGAAGAGGAGUCAGUGCAGAGGUUUAACCUCAUGUUUAUGCAUAACCUCGCUUUGUAUGUGAUGACAAUUUCAAAAACUAUCCCUAAGCACUUUUUUAUGUCUUGUAAAUUGCCUUACUUUUGUCUGUGUGUACUGUAAGUAGGCCUGUGCCGAUAAAUCGGGUGUACAGCAUAGCAUAAUGUUGUUACGGACCCUCAAAGUUUUCAGAAGCAUCCUCGCAUUGCAGUCACGAAGCAUUCACAUCAUGAACGAGACGCAUUUCCUUUUUGGGUUAAAAUGCUGUUAUGCUUGUGAGAACAGGUCCAGAUAAACACUCGAUAUCUCGACGUUUUCCUAUCCGUGAUAUGACAAUGUAAUAUCGGCACACGCCUAUUUCUAAGCGGCGAAUAUAAUUAACGAUCAUCGGAGUCAACGUGGCAAUGAUGAUGUGUGUAAAUGCGAAGAGUAUGACUGCCGUACUCUUUGGCUUAUCAGGUGACCGUCACGAUUUUAUGCAUUUACGCCACAAAGUAACGAACUCGCUUUUUUUUAUGAUUACUUUCAGUAUGUGUGUUUGAUAGUAGACGUUCAUAUUAUUGUUCCCUUGUUUUGAAGAAUGUAUGGUGGUGCAGUUGUCAAUUGUAUCAGGUUAAAUUACACUUACCGGCCAACUUAUUAGACACCUACCUUAUUGGUGGCUGAUGCAUCUGUAACAACUGUCACGACUUAACUGAGAACAAAACAACACCCAAGUAAUAACUGUUUUGCAGUGAUUCUGUGAUGGUCCCUUUCCAUUAACCUUGCCAUGGUGAAGGGGGACUAGCAUUGUGCAGAGCAAAGAUUACACUCGGUAUCUAUACACAUGUAAAGUGGCCUGUACAGUUGGUGAAUCUGUUAAAGUGGUCAAUAAGUAGUUCCAUGUAAUAUACUGGCAACUCAAUGUAAUGGGAUCAAUACGUUUUAUUAUUAUUAUUAAAGCAUCUUGGUAAAAAUAUUA